UAAGAGAGAGAGAGAGAGAGGGAGGGAGGAGUCUCUCGCCUUCUUGAUGCUUAGAGAAGGAGAAGAAAUCAGAAUGAGGUUUUCCACCGUCGUCGUUCUCUGUGUGUUUUCUCUGCUCUUGCUCUGCUUUGCCACCACUCCAACAGAAGCGUAUGAUCCACUUGAUCCGAAUGGGAAUAUCACAAUAAAAUGGGAUGUUAUUCAAUGGACCGCAGAUGGAUAUGGUGCAACUGUCACAAUUUUCAAUUUCCAACAAUACCGCCAUAUUGAGGCCCCUGGAUGGAUGCUUGGAUGGACAUGGGCAAGGAAGGAGGUCAUCUGGGACAUGAGAGGAGCCCAGGCAACAGACCAGGGAGACUGCUCAAGAUUCAAAAUUAGCCUCCCACAUUGCUGCAAAAAGAGCCCAACCAUUGUGGAUCUCCUUCCUGGAACACCUUAUAACAUGCAAGUAGCCAACUGCUGCAAGGGUGGCGUGAUCAGCUCAAUGGUUCAGGAUCCAGUUAACUCGGCCAGUUCCUUCUUUAUAGUCGUGGGUUCUGCUGGAACUAGCAAUACAACUGUAAGACCACCAUUGAAUUUCACAUUCGGUACUCCUGGUCCUGCCUAUACCUGUGGCCGUGCAAAGAUCGGGAAGCCUAGUAAAUUCUUGACACCGGACGGAAGAAGAGUAACUCGAGCUCUAAUGACAUGGAACGUCACAUGUACUUACUCUCAGUUUCUUGCUCAAAAGGCUCCUACAUGUUGUGUCUCAUUUUCUUCCUUCUAUAAUGACACAAUUGUUCCAUGCCCAACAUGCACAUGUGGCUGUAAGAACAGUGUAACUCAACCAGGGAGCUGUGUGGAUUUUUGUAUGAUUUUUCACACAAGGGGGAAUUCACCUUACUUGGCUGCUGCAGUUGCAAGUGGAGGUAGUAAUCAUGACAAGCCUUUGGUUCAGUGUACAAACCAUAUGUGUCCUAUCCGGGUGCAUUGGCAUGUUAAGUUGAAUUACAAGGAAUAUUGGCGAGUAAAGAUGUCAGUUGUAAAUUUCAAUUAUAGGAUGAAUUACACACAGUGGAACCUUGUUGUUCAGCACCCAAACUUUGACAAAGUCACAGAGAUUUUCAGCUUCAAUUACAAGUCACUUUCUCCCUAUGGAGUCAUAAAUGAUACCGCAAUUUUCUGGGGCAUCAAAUACUACAAUGAUCUGCUUAUGGAGGCAGGGCUGCUUGGGAAUGUGCAGUCAGAGAUAAUCUUCCAGAAGGAUCCCACUACUUUUACUUUCAAGCAAGGAUGGGCUUUCCCACGGCGCAUAUACUUUAAUGGUGAUAAUUGUGUCCUUCCACCGCCAGAUGCUUACCCAUGGCUACCAAAUUUCAGUCCUCAAGGGAAAAGUUUAUCCACCAAGCGAACAAUGAUUUGCAUGGUUUUGCUUGUAUUGUUGAUAUGUUUCAUGUAGUAUUGAUUUUCCACCAGUCUAGGUCUUCUUCUGGGAGCUUCUUCAGAAUUCCUAUUUAAAUAGCAGAUAGUUUAUAUUGGUCACGGAUGCCUGAACUUAGGUAAAGGUGUACCAUGCAGAUAACGCAUUGUCGCAGUCAAUUUUGUAUACUUGACUUUCCCUGUCCAUCAUUGUCUCGGAUUGUCUGUUGGUCAUAGAUUCCUCCUGUUCAUUUUACACUGGUGGUACUCUCUAGUGUAUAGAUUUGUUUUAUCAUAAGGAAUUCGAUUGUCAUUGCUCAGACUUCAGAAGUGUA